CCAGGCGGUGGCACAUCUGCUGCACGACAGUCUUGUCCCGAUGCCGUUGGCCGCUGCUCUGACGAUAUUCACUUGCUAGCAAUCCAUUUAGGAGGUAACCCGAUUCAAUCUGUUGAUUAAAUAGCGACAUGUUAUUAUGUGGAUGACACAAACGACAAUUAUUUUAUGGCACUAGCUAGCUAGCUGCAGAGGGAGGCUGUCAAGCCAACAAUGUCAACCGGUGUUAGCUAGCUAGACUACUAGCAUGUCCUGCAGCUACAGUGAUUUGAGAAUGGUAGCCAGUUAACGUAACCUAUGCAAACAUUCGCUAUCCGUUAUAAUGGGAUGAAACAAAUUAGCUACCUAUCUGUUAAAGUCUUGUGACAAGAUUUUGCUCUAACCUCAAUAUGCAAUAGUUUAAGUCUCAGCUACCAAGUUAUCUUUGUCUGUGGGCUGCUAAGCAUUUUCACUGAGGAAACGUCAUUAUACAGUCUGGCUGAACGGUACUGUUGUAGGCAUUGAGAGUUGGUCGGGUAGUGGUUACAAUAACGUUACAUUGUAGCAAGCGUGGUGACUGGCUAGCUAUGCAAAAUUCUGUUUAUCACUGGCUGUCGCAUUAUUUUCGGGCUGUGCGUUAUUGCGGAGCACUGCCUUGUGGUAUUGAUUCGUAUAAUGAGUGAUCAUUAUGUUAAAGUGAAAGUUCAACUCGAACAAAUGAAGUCAUCAGGUGAGGGUGCGGAGAAGGAGGAUACAGAUAUUAUUGAUGACGAGGUGCCGGUGGCAUCCCCGCCCGCAUCUGUCUCCCCAAUCCCCGCUAGUUGUACCACCGCAGCCCGAAGGGAUGCAUCCAAGACCUCUGUCACUGGCAGGAAUCGGAGUAAAAGUAGGAGAAAACUGGGCAAAGAUGAGCGGAACACCUACACUAAACAGGAGUCAGACCCCGCACCGCAAGGGACAAUAGUAGCUGCCAAUGAGGGGAAACCCCUGAAUCAAAUAGACAAUGAGCGGCAGAUGCUUCAAAUCAAAGAGAUUGGGAAGAUUCUGCUGGGGCAGACUGAAACGAACGGUAACAUUGUUGCGCCCAACCAACGGCCGAAAGAAUUCAAAGUAGGCCCACACUGCAAAGAGGAUGGGAACACAGUUGCGAAGAGGAGGAAGCCCGUCACCGUGGACACGUCCAAAGCCAAAACCUCUCUGGAGGCACUGAAGCUCAGCAUUAGGCAUCUCAAAUGGAAAGAGUUCCCUGUGGGUAGACGGUCAGCCUGUGACAUCUACUGGCAUGGAGUGUCCUUCCACGACAACGACAACAUCCUCUCUGGACAGGUCAACAAGUUCCCAGGUAUGAUAGAGAUGCUGAGAAAGAUCAACCUGAGCCGAGCGGUGAGGACCAUGCAGGAGCUGUUCCCUGAGGAGUACAACUUCUACCCCCGCUCCUGGAUCCUGCCUGAGGAGUACCAGCUUUUCUCCACACAGAUCCGUCUGACCAAGAACAGUGACGCAUCCCUGAAGCCCACCUUCAUCGUCAAGCCGGACGGGGGUUCCCAGGGGGAUGGCAUCUACCUCAUCCGCGACCCCAGCGACCUCAGGGUUAUAGCGGGGUCACAGACAAAGCAGUCUGUGGUCCAGGAGUACAUCCACAAGCCCCUUCUUAUCGACAAGCUGAAGUUCGACAUCCGUCUCUACGUGCUGGUCAAGUCCCUGGAGCCGCUGGAGAUCUAUAUCGCCAAAGAGGGGCUGGCGCGCUUCUGCACCGAGCCAUACCAGGAACCCAGUCAGAAGAACCUGAGCCAUGUCUUCAUGCACCUGACCAACUACUCCCUCAAUGUCCAGAGCGGGAACUUCAUCCACUCUGACAGCCUUUCGUCAGGCAGCAAGCGCACCUUCUCCAGCGUGCUCUACCGCCUGGCCUCUAAAGGAGUGGACAUCAGGAAGGUGUGGUCAGACAUCAUCUCUCUGGUCAUCAAGACAAUCUUCGCUCUGGUCCCUGAGCUCAAGGUCUACUACAUGGCCGACAUACCGCCUGGCAAACCAGGGCCCACCUGUUUCCAGAUUUUGGGCUUUGACAUCCUGCUGAUGAAGAACCUGAAGCCAGUAUUACUGGAGGUCAACGCCAACCCAAGUAUGAGAAUAGAGCAUGAACAAAAGGUGUCCCCCGGGGUGUUUGAGUACGUCCCCAGCCCAGUAGAUGAGGAGGUGAAGGUGGGGGUCAUUAGAGACACAUUACGUCUCAUGGACCCUGCUCAGGGGAAAUCACCAGCGUCCCACCCAGAGCAGCAGCAGGAGGAGAUGUUGAUGGAGGGGGGGUCACCAGAGAGGAGGGCUGGGGAGGAGGGGGGUGUCCUGCCCUCUCUGUUUCUGAAGCAGGUGUUCCCUAAGUACACCAAACAGUUCAGCUACCUGCGGACUGUGGAGCGCAUUGCUGCCCUCUUCUUGCGGUUCCUGGGGGUCAAAGGUAACAUGCGCCUAGGGCCCACCGGCUUCAGAACCUUCAUCAGGAACUGUAAGCUGAGCAACAGUAACCUCUCCAUGGCCUCUGUGGAUAUCCUCUACAUUGACAUAACAAGGCGCUGGUCCAACAUGCUGCCUGACUCCAGGGAAGCAGGCAUGUGUCUCCAGGCGUUUGUGGAGGCCUUCUUCUACCUGGCCCAGCGCAGGUUCAAGUCUCUCCCCCUGAGGGAGCAGGUGGUGUCCCUGCUGGAGAUGUGUGAGGGUCAGCUGGAGAACCAUGGAGUAGGGGGUCCUGGAGGAUCUCUUCCCGAGGACAGCACCUGCUCCAGCCGGCGCUCUGUGAGCUGCAGUAGGACCCAGCCAGGCAGGACUCACCACCCCCACCAUACGUCCACCGCAGGCCAGGACCUGUCAGCCCCCCAGCUCUGCUCCCCGGCCGCCCUGCGCAGGGCCUCCUCCCAGGACUACCGGCUGCGUCAGAGACCACGACCCCCACACACACACAAGGCCAAUGUAGAGAACUGACCUGACUCGGGGCUAAGGAGCUAUACUCCCAUAUACACUCACCCUCCACACACACUCCUCACAAAGGAGCACACAGACUGUCUCCCUCUCCACUGGAAGUCCUCCAGGGGGUCCUGUCAAGAGCAGACAGACAGAUUGUAGGAAGCUGACCUCAGAGGCUGACUUCCAUGAGACCUGUUCUGGGCUUGAUUACCUUUCCUUGUAAAGAGGAAGAGGAGGGAGAGGAAGAUAGUGUACAAGGGGGUUGAGUAAGUGGGUGAACAAGGGAGGAAGGUAUAGAGGGAUAGAGGGAGUGUUUUCCCUCUGGGUGUGAGACAUGUAGGAAUGGAGUUUGUGUGUGUGUGUGUGUGUGUGUGUGUGUGUGUGUGUGUGUGUGUGUGUGAGUGUCACAACGGCAGGCCACUCAGGUCUAGCGGGGGAGAUGGAUGGUUGUAAGGCCCUGCUUGAGAUGCACUUAUUGGUUCUUACCUCCAGUGUGGUGUGUGUCUCCUUUUAGCCCCUGUCAUGCUACCCACUGAGUGUGUGCACGUGUGGGUGCGUGUGUGUGCAUGCAUGCGUGUGUUGUUGGAUUUGCGAUAAUGGCCAGCGGUUCUGCCAUUCGGCUGUUCCAGCUCACAGAAGCAUAUGUUUUGCGAUUCGAUACUGUCAUUUUAUUGCAAUUAGAUGUUCCAAACAUAUUGCUCACUAUAUGUCUGCUGUAGAGGGACAAGAGAAAGCCAUGAAUAUACAUGUUUUGGAAUAUAAAAGUGCUCAGCUCAAAACAUGUUGGCUCACCAUUUAAAAAGAAGAUAGAGAACUAGCUAUAGGAUGAUAAAUACAGGUACAACCGACUAGCGCUAGCUAACGUUAACAACAAAGCAACAUUUUCUAUUAUAUAUAUAUUAUAUAUUUAUUUUUUACAAGUCGAUACUUGGAGUCACAGUAUCGAUAUAAAACCAGCAAAGAUUAGGGGCUAUGGUUUGAUUUAGGACUGGGCAUUUCCUCUCCUUUCAUAACAGCAGCUACUCACAAUAACAUACAGUGAGGGAAAAAAGUAUUUGAUCCCCUGCUGAUUAUGUAC